ACUUAACCUUUUUUUUCUCGAAUUUAUCCCAAAAGCUCAGAAAUUUAGGUUUUGCUUUUUUUACUCUUUAAUUCGAUUCUCCAUUUUUUCUUCAUCUUUUCUCGUUUUCUACACUGUGUUUAGUUUAGUCGUCUUCACAUGGCGACUGAAACCCUAAAAUUGAAGACACCGGAGUUAGCUGGUAAUUCUCCGUCCACGGAAGAAGAUGGUGUUUCUGAUUCCGUGAAGGAAGAUACAGAGAAGAAGAAAGAUGAAGCAAAAGACGAAGCCAUGAAGGAGAAAGCAAAAGAAGAAAAUGGUGGAGAAGGAGUUAAAUCGCCGGUGACUCCAGUCAGUGAGAGACCUACAAGGGAGAGAAAGAGGACUGAGCGUUACAUUUUGGAUACUACUGCUACUCCUCUUUCUCGAUCCUCCGGGAACAAGCCUUUGUCUAUUGAGCAGGGUCGUGGAACACGGCUUAAAGAAAUUCCAAAUGUGGCUUAUAAACUAUCUAAGAGAAAGCCUGAUGACAAUCUCUUCUUACUUCACACCAUUCUCUAUGGCAAGAAAGGAAAGGCACAGAUGCUGAAGAAAAACAUUGGUCAGUUUUCGGGUUUUGUAUGGUCAGAGCAAGAGGAGGAGAAGCUAAGAGCAAGAACAAAGGAGAAGCUUGAGAAAUGUAUCAAAGAAAAGUUGAUUGAUUUCUGUGAUGUGCUUGAUAUACCCAUCAACAAAAGCAACGUGAAAAAAGAUGAACUUGCUGUAAGAGUGCUUGAAUUUUUGGUACAUCCCAAGGCAACAAGAGAUAUUGUACUAGCUGAUAAUGAAAAGGAAACUAAAAAGCGCAAGAAGAGCACGCCAAAGAAUGUGAAUUCUGAAGAAUCAUCAGACGUCCCAGCCAAGAAGAGAAGGGAGACGAAAAAAUCUGGAAUGAAUCAAGAUCAGCCAACUGAAACUGAAGAAGGAAAUGGUGAGGCCGAUGUUGGCUCUGAAGGAACAAAUGACUCUCAUAGAGAAGAUGAUGUAGCUCCAGAGGAAGAAAACAACAAAAAUGAAGAUACUGAAACUGAAGACGAGAAAGAUAAAACUAAGGAGAAGGAAAAGUCAACCGAUAAGAAAAGCUUGUCAAAAAAGACCAAGAAGGAGAAACCAGCAGCUGAAGAGGAGAAAUCUCUUAAAGGUUCUGAAAAUUCUAGUCGAAAGUCCUCCAAACAAGUCGAUAAGUCAGCUUCAUCGUCAAACAAAAAGCAAAAGGUUGAUAAAGAUGAUUCCUCUGAAAAGAAAAGCAAGAACGGAACAAGUAAACCACAGGCAAAGGGAUCCAAAGAUCAAGGAAAAUCUCACAAGAAAGGUAAAAAAGAACCCACAAGAAAAGAACUUCAUGUAGUGGUGGCCAAAAUUCUGAAAGAAGUAGACUUCAAUACGGCAACUCUAUCUGAUAUUCUGCGGAAGCUUGGGAGCCAUUUUGGAGUUGAUCUUAUGCAUAGAAAAGCGGAGGUGAAGGAUAUCAUUACAGAUGCCAUUAACGAAAUGAGUGAUGAUGAUGAGAAAGAGGAAAACACAGAGCAUGAGACAAAGUGAGAAAGUGAUAGUUUUGUAUGUCUUCUCUUUUCUGCGAAUCAGCCUAUGAAAGUAAGAAAAAAACAUAACCGAGAAGACGGUAGUAUAACUUAACCUUCAUGUGUGAUAUCAUAGGAGGGAUUUACAGAAUGGGAUUUGUUUGUUGUAUGUUUGGUGUAUUAUGUAAUCUGUUAGGCUCAUGUAGUAUCAUCAUCAUGUUCGUCCCACUUGUGUAGUGUAGCUGUUAAGUUUCUAACUUUUUAUUUAAUAAUUGUAUGAUUGGAUACGUUUGAGUUAAUUUGAGAUGUAUUUGUAAGGA